AUGUCAUCAUCCAGUGAACAGAAGUGGACAUUCAAGCGUAUCCGAGAUCUCGUGCAAGCAAAGCUCGGUAAGAGACCUUGCCUAUGGCAGAUGAAAGUUGCCCUUGCCCUGUACGAAGGGAAGAAAGAUGUUGUAGCAGUGGCGCCAACCGGUGCUGGCAAGACACUCUCAUUCUGGAUUCCAUUACUUAUGGUUCUCGAGGACGGACAGGACAAGACAGGUGUGAUCAUUACCCCUUUAAACCUACUUGGUAAGCAAAGUGCAGAGUCGGAGCUUCUGGCUCGUGCGGGUAUCAGCGGGGAUGUGGAAGCUGGGAAGCAUAGAGUCCUUGUAGUUAACCCCGAGAUCCUAUCAAUGGAGGGCGGCCAUUUCGAGAGGCUGUGGAAGAAGUCGGCCUUCACAUCCAAGCUCUUGUACUUCGCGUUUGACGAAGGACAUUGUGUGAGCACAUGGAGCGAGUUCCGGAACAAAUACAAAUAUAUGGCAAAUCUCCGGUAUCUCAUUUCGGAAGCGAUACCGUUCUAUGUAACUUCAGCCACGCUCCCGGACCCCAUUCUCCAUGAUGUCGUUAGCAUCCUCCAGCUACAUCCAAAAAAUACGGAGUACAUCUGUCGAUCAAAUGAUAGACCAGAUAUCCAUCUGGCUGUGCAUCGCAUGCUGUGGCCCGCAAAUUCCUUUCGGGAUCUUGAUUUCAUAAUAAAAUCUGGAUUUAAGGAAGGUGAUCCGCCACCUCCGAAAUUCCUCAUAUUUUUCGAUGCUCGGAAGGAGACCGAGGCGGCGGUUAAGCAUCUACGCUCGAGGUUACCAGAGUCACUCCGGGGUAAAAUCAAAUAUUUCCAUUCGGUAAUGACCUCCGAGUACCGAGAAGAUGAAUACAACGCGCUGCGGGAUGAUGAGAUAUGGGGACUCUGCGUAACGGAUGCAUUUGGAAUGGGGCUUGAUUUACCUGAUGUCAAGCUAAUCAUACAAUACAGAGUCACCUGCGAUGCAAAUACAUUAUGGCAACGAUUUGGCCGUGGAGCGCGGGGAGAUGGACAAGAAGGCAUUGCCGUGCUCUUUGCAGAAAAGAGCUUCUUUGACAGCGAACGCGCAAAAGCUGCAGAGAAAAGGGCAAAGAAACCGAAGAAACGGAAGCCACGUACACAGAAGGUCAAGGACUCGAAUGCGAAGCGUGCCCGCAUCGCUCCUACUACCAGCGAGUCUCACGCAUCAGAAGACGAAGAUGAUCCUGAUGCUGAUACUGUUUAUCUGGAGCCGUUGAAGCGAGACGAAACAACUAUACGCAACGCGCAAUCAGCACGUUUGCUCCAUCCAGUAAUGGACGAUUUCAUUAACGCCCCGACACGGGGAUUUUUGUGCCGGAGGAAACCCAUGUCAUUGUUCUUCUCGAACGACAAGCGUGGUGAGUCC